AUGAAGACAACGAUCAAAGCGGUGAGUGCCGCGACGCUCUGCGCAACGCUGGGCCUGUGGGCGCACGUCACGGCGGACGACGUCGAUGAGUGCACGGGCACCUGCUCGCGCAUGAGAAUCACGAACCUCCACUACAAGUGCAACGAUCCGGGCGCCGUGUGCAACGCCGCGGACGACUGCAAGUGCCGCGACGUGACCGACGGCUUCUGGUCGGACUGCUACUGCCUGCCGGCCAACGUGACACGCGAGUGCAACAACGGGUGCGGCGGCGGCUGGGUCGUCAAGAACACGGCCAACAAGGCCUUCGAGCCCGGCGACGAGAUCAAAUUCGAAUUCGUCGCGGCGGAUCUCAACUACCUGAUCUCGUUCGAUUUCGGGGACAUCGGCGAGGACGGCUUCCUCGAACGCAGCGACCGGCUCGACGACGAUCCCGGGGCGAUCCGCGGCGGUUUUUCCAUCCUCAUCGGCGAGGACCUCGGCGGAGUCGCGAGGGCGACCAUGAGGAGCGCCGAUUUCAUCGUCAACUGCCCGCUGCCCAUCUUUGAGAGUCAGAGUUUCGACAACGCGGUCCGAUCGGACGGCCGAAACGAAGAGGUCACGGGCUUUUACAACUUCGAGACCAACGAGUUCUCCUGGGAUAGGCACCUGACGCUCCACCUCAAGAGCACGCUGUUCACCGAUGGCGUCGAUCUCAAGGUGCGGCCCGACAUGACGCCCCUGAGGGACGGCUACCACCACCUGCACGUCUCGACGUACGUCACGCGUCCGGACUACCUUGCCUGCGGCGUGUCUGAUGUGGCGAACCCGAUGGGGGUGCUCGAUUUUCGUGACAUCUCGAUGUUCCUGAGCGCCUACACCGAAGAGGCGGAGAUGGCCGAUAUCGCCGAGCCGUUCGGGACCGUCGACGAGCGGGAUAUGAAUACGUUCAUCAAGGACUUCCGGAGCGGUUGCCCGCACCCGGUGGAACCCCAGUAA